AUGAUAGUCAGAUCGAUUGCCGUUGUUGCAUUAUCGCUUCAAGGUACCGCUUUCACAAAUCCUCAAUGUAGUCACCGCAGCUCGUUGAAUGAAGAGAAGGGUAUUGGAGGCAAAUCAAGAAAUCUGAGCGAAGAACUGUAUUCUAUGGAGAAGGGAAAUGGGGAUACCGAGUAUCAACUAGCUGAAGAUUUUGAAGGCCAGAAUAAUGGUGCAAAUGGGAUAGAAAUGAAUGGAUUCAUGCCGCAGCCAGCUGCUCCACAUAUGGAAUUGUCGGAAGCUGACAGCGAAGAAGAGGAGGUUGAGAUUGAUGAACGUCAACUAUUUGAUGAAGACAACAUGAGAAAGGCAGUUCAAGAAGCUCAGGCCUACGGAGGAGAGCUUGGAUCUCGUUCUUCGUACCCAAACCCAACAACUGGAGCUAUUUUGGUGGCCGAGGAUGGAACUGUUUUGGCCCGAGGACACUCGGAUUACAUGCGAGAUGCCGUUCAAGCUGUCAUGGAGGAUGCUGGACUAGAUGUCUCACCUUUGAAUGAGUGGUGUGUCAAGUGGCCAAGUUCGGACAAACUCCGUAAGUCUCUGAGGGACGCCACUUUAUAUCUGACAUUGGAGCCAACUUGCGAACGAAAAGGUCAAGCACUACCUCCAGUGACUCAGUUGAUCGAGCUCAGUGGCGUUCAGCGAGUCGUGAUUGGCUCUCCAGAUCCUAUUCCAGAAUUGUCAUCUAAGGGCGCUGGUGCUCUACAUUCUGCUGGAAUCGAGGUCAAGAUGGGAUCUGUACUAUUGGAUGACUGCAACAGCCUGGUCGAACGAUACUCUGAGAGGGUGAACGAGAAGUUUCAGAGACUCGCACGAAAGCACUACAAACAAUUCCAAAAGCCUUUUGGAUUUCUCCAUUGCAGUGUUGUUGAUAGUGAUAACUUGGAAGCUUUUGCACGGCAUGGAAAUGCCUUCGGAAAGACGUUUGAUGGAAACAACCUCUCGUUCCGAGAGUUUGGAGCCUAUGAGAUUGCUCCGCCUCCUGAAGUAAUUUGGGCCGAGGAUCGAGAGGAGGUCGAUGAUAGCGAAUUUGAGACUGUGACAGACGACUUCUUUUCCCUCGACUUUGAAGGCGAAGACUUCCAAGAAGAACUUGAUGGAAGUCCAAUGAUGCCGUGGUACAACGAAGUUGAUGCUGUUGUUGCAACCUUUCCUAGACCAGGCAAUGGACUAGGCGAUGAUGAUUCCGUCUCUUCAAGGUUGAACGGUUUAAAGUGGCUGGCAACUCAUGGCUCGCAGUUGCGGGCUGGAGUCGAACGUAUCCUUGUUAUGGAUGCUACAGAUCUGCCAGAUCUUCCUCUGUCGAACGAUGAUCCCAACCUACCAAAGGGUGUGGAUGUCGAGAGCUUCUGGAGAGGCAAAGAUAGGAAGCCAACACGAGUCUUACUUCGAAGAGGACGAAGUGCACAAGCUCAGGCAGCGGCAAAGGCGGCAGCAGAAGCUGCUGGAGCAGCAGCCAAGGCUGCACUUGCUGCCAAGGAAGCCAUCGAAACAGGAGAUGCUGAGAGUGCUGCUGAAGCGGCUAUUGAAUGCCAACAGGCAGCAGCCGCAGCAACGGAACUCGCUCAAAAGGAACUAAUGGGUGCUUUGGAAUUGAAGCAAAAACUGGUUAACUUGGGUGCAAAGGUGGAAACUCUAAGCGGUGGAGAACCAAUCGAUGUUAUGAAACAUUUGGGCAAACGCAAUGGAUACACGUCUGUAGUCUGGAGAGCUGGAUGUUGGGGAAAUAGAGGUGUUCAAUCAAUCUUGGCAGGAGCCUUCCAAUGGGUUUCGGCGCACAUUGCAGUGGACGCAUCCGGUGGCAAAUUUUGGCAACUCAUGCUCGCCGAGCGAGCUGUUCAAGGUGCCUGUGGUCAUGAAAGCAAGGUGAAGGUCUUUGCUGGUCAAGAAGACAUCAGCAUGGAAUACUGCGACGAACCUGAAGCGGAUGGCGAUUGUGUCGUGUCGGUCAGUGGAAAGCCCGUUCGCCAUGUGCGUCUUGAUUGUCGUGUGGCGUUGAUGGAUCCCGACCGACCGCGAGAGACCGUCCUGCACAAAACCGCCAAGCUUAAUAAGAAGAUUAUUGAGGAGGACGCACCAUGGUUCCUAUAA